GCCGCGGUUCUGGGUCUGUUGUGGUUCGGCUGAAGAAAGUUUCCAAACACAAAAAUUCCUGGUGAAGCACCUGAGAUCUUUGUCACAUCCUAUUAUAAAGAUGGCGUUUAUUAAAGAGGAGAGUGAAGACAUGAAGAUUGAAGAGACAUUCAGAAUGAAAGAAGAAGAUACUGAGGAAACAGAACUGAUGCCGCUGAAAGUGGAGAGUGACAUACUGAAUCAUAUAGAAGAGAAAGAUCAAUAUGAGAAAUAUCAUGAUUUCAUUACUGAAGAUGAAUCUUUUAGUUACUCAAAGACUGAAAAUACUUUCUCACAAAAAAAAGUUCGAAAGAUAGGAACAAGAAAUUAUUUUGCUUGCUUUCAGUGUGGGAAGAGGUUCAGUCAACAUGGAAACCUUCAGGCUCACCUAAAACUUCACACAGGAGAGAAGUCUUACACAUACCCUCAAUGUGGAAAGCAAGAUGGGAGCCUUAAAGUCCACAUAAAAAUUCACACUGGAGAGAGCCCUUUCACCUGCCAACAGUGUGGAAUAAGCUUCACUGUAAAAAGAAGCCUUACCAGGCACAUGGGAAUCCACACUGGAGAGAAGCCUUACACAUGCCCUCAGUGUGGAAAGAGUUUUAAUCAACAUGGAAACCUUGAAGUCCACAUGAGGGUUCACACUGGAGAGAGCCCUUUCACCUGUCAACAGUGUGGAAAGCGUUUCAACCGAAAAGGAAACCUUAAUUAUCACUUAAGAGUUCACACUGGGGAGAGACCUUUCACCUGCCAACAGUGUGGAAUGAGCUUCACUAUAAAAGGAAGCCUUACCAGGCACAUGCGAAUUCACUCUGGAGAGAAGCCUUACACAUGCCCUCAGUGUGGAGAGAGUUUCAAACGACAUGGAAACCUUAAAGUCCACAUGAGAAGUCACACUGGAGAAAAGCCAUACACAUGCCCUCAGUGUGGAAAGAGUUUUGAUCAACAUGGGAACCUUAAAGUCCACAUGAGAAUUCACACUGGAGAGAAGCCUUACACAUGCACUCAGUGUGGAAAAAGUUUUGAUCAACAUGGGAACCUUAAAGUCCACAUUAGAGUUCAUACUGGAGAGAAACCUUACACGUGCACUCAGUGUGGAAAGAGUUUUGAUCAACAUGGGAACCUUAAAGCCCACAUGAGAGUUCACACUGGAGAGAAGCCUUACAAAUGCAUGCAGUGUGGUAAGAGUUUCACUAAAAAAGGACACCUUGAAGUCCACAUGACAAUUCAUACUGGAGAGAAGCCUUUCACCUGCAAACAAUAGAAGCAGCACAGAA